CAUAAUUAUUUUUAUGACUUCGACUAGGAAGUUGUGACUCAAGGAAGUGAAGUUGAGAAGCAUCCAGUUUCAGUCACUAUACACUGUACAGUGAAUGCAGCAUCACAGUACACAUAUUUCUGGAUAGUGUGAAAGCAAGGCUACUGCCAGUACUGGAGAAUCGUAUCAGAGGGAGCUAGAAAUGUCUAAAUCGGACGGCCCUGCUGCCAACGGAUUUGAGAGCCCUCGUAAGGUGGGCUGGCUCUACAAACAGGGAGGUAGCGGAGUGACCUCCCACUGGCGGAAGAGAUGGUUCGUGGCAGAUCAUCACUAUCUUUUCUACUACAAGAAACCAGACGAUAAGGGUCCAGUCGGCAUCCUGUGUCUGCCCGAGUACGAGUCUUGCUACAAGACGGAGGGCAAAGAAUGGAAGAAGCCAAACACGUUCUUGUUAGAGAAAGGAAAGGUCAAAGAGGAUAAGGGAGAUGCAACGGAUAGUUCCUCAAAGAGCUAUGUACUUCACUCGGACACGGAGGACGAAAUGCUCGAGUGGAUGAAGGCACUAAAGGAAGAGAUGAAGCCCAUGCUGGUGGACGGGAACAAGCACGAGGCGAUACCUAAUGGGCGUGGUCCCACACCACCGGCUAAGGCCACUAAAGGGGGGAAGGGCAAGGCCGAGUCUGAUGUGAAAAUAGAUCCACUGGCUUUCAAUGAACUGUCUGUGUUGGCUGCCGAGACUCCCAAGCUGACUCACCUCACUACCUCUAGGCCCAAAAUGAAGAACAGAAGACCUCCAAAGAAAUACGCAGUCUUCCAUGAAGAUGACUCGAAAGAGGACGAGAGUCCACCCCCCUCCCCCACAGCAUCACACAAGCCACUCCCCACACCCCCCACACCCUCACCAUCCUCACAAACCAAGAAGGGUCAUCGCCCGUCAGCACCUAUCAUGCCAAAGAUGAAACCACUCACUCCACCUAAAACACCGAGAAAUGAAAUAUCACCAGUUCAGGACACAGCAGCUGACACGGAGGGUGCUCUCUCUGAGGUCAAGAAGAAACCCACUCCACCAAGGAAGCCAUCAAAGGAACGCCCCCUUCCUCCCCGCAAGCCAUCAAAGACUGUUAUUGAGACUCCGCCUACUGAAUCGACGGAGCCAGUUGUGCCUGUCAUUAAGCCACGCCCUCCUCAACCACCUGCUAAGCCACGUGCUUCCACUACAAACGCACCACCCCCUGCCACGCCCAUUCCUGUACCAAAGCCUCGGCCAAGAAGACGAACACAAGGCACAAUCCCCAGUAAUGACAAACCCUCUUCUACUCUUAAUGAAGAGACCACGCCCCUUAUUGAUGAAGAGACCACACCCAUUAUUACAGAGGAAAUUACAUUUCCUGUUGAGGAGGCGGAAGAGGAAGUACCUCUGGUACACGCAUUUUCACCGAUCCCUGAAGAGACCACACCCCCUUCAACAGACGAGGCCACACCUCCUAUUGAGUCUAGCAGAGAGCCGUCCAUCAUUGAGGAAAAUUCAGAGAGCAAGGAAGAAUCUAUAGAAACUGCUACUGAUGAUGUAAUGGAGAUAGCAAAAGAUGAUCCAAAAAUCAGCGACGAUUCGAAAACCAACGAUGAUCCGAAAGCCAACGACAAUCCGCAAACUAACGAUGAUCCGAAAAUCAGCGAUAAUGUCAUGGAGGCAGCAAAAGAUGACACGGUAGCUAUUGAUGAUACAAAUUCAAACGAUGAUACGAAAAUGAACAAUGACACGAAAGAUACUGAACAGGCAGCACCAGUCGAAAUAAAAGAUCAAGAAAUUAUUGAAAAAGAAAAAGAAGAAGAAGUAGCAGAAGAUGAGAAUGUUGUUCCUAGUGAGGUCGAUGAAGCUAUACCACCAGAGGUGAAGGAAAUCGCAGCAGAAGAAAAACAAUUGCAAGACGAACCAGUAGCCGAGGGAGAGGAGGCAGAAAAACAGGACAAAGAGUCUUUGGAAAGUGAAUCUCUCUAUGAAGACAUGACCAUGGGUGAUGGACCACCCUCCAAGGAAGAAUCUGAUAACAGUGAAUAUGAGAUGGUCGAUUAUUUUGACCCCCAGGCAGCACCGAAUUCCACGGACUCUGCUGAUAAAACUGUGGGCGUCGGAAUUGUUCCAGAACCAUUGGAGACGUCUAGUCAGGGUCAAAGUACAAGCAGUUACGUAAUGAUGAAUCCCUCUGAUACUCCCUCUGACGAGUAUAUAGAGAUAAUACAGGACAAUGUUUUCAAGGAGAAAGUGGACAGUAUUGAGUACGAUAAACCCAGCGAAUGGGUCUCUCCUGUAAACGAAUCCCCUCGUAGUACGAAAGUUGGAGAGUAUGAUGUACCAAGACCAGCCUCCUCGUCCCAAUCUGAUCGAGGAAGUCCCAUCAUGUCCAGCGGGAGCACGGGGUCACGAUCGCAUGGUUCACCGGGACUGUCGAGGAUAGGUUCAAAAGGUCAAUCCGAUCGACUGGGAACUCUGCGAGCAGAGGGAGGCGAUCGGAGCAUUGAGCGAGACCGUUCACUAUCAGGGGGAUCACAAGGAUACCCUAAAGGAACUCCGCCCCUUUCUCCACUGGACUCCACCCACAAUGUCCCAGGUACUUUGCGGCAAGUCAAAGAGAUCCUUCGAAUGGCACAGCUAGUGAAAGCUGAGGCGGAUGAAAUGAGAGAGGAGGCCAAGAGGGAACUGGAGUUGGCAAGACGAGAAAAACAUGAUGCCGAACUUUUGAAAAAGAACGCAGCACAGAUUUUAAAAAUGGCUAAAGAGAGACUCAGUGAUUCGAAGUCUAGAUAAGAGUCGUGUCUUAAUAGGCUCUCAAUAUUAUUAUGUGUUUGUGUGUGUGCAUCUUUAGUAUAGUGAUUUUGUAUACUUAGUUGAUUCUCUAUGAGUAAUAACAGUUCAUCAUGA